GUCGAAAACAACGAUGGAGUCCGUGUUGUUUGGAGAAUUGACAGCUCGAGCGAAUCGAGCCCGGCAUGGCUUCUCUUCGUGAUGCCGCACUGAUCCGGGCACGUCGCACGACCGGCGCCUCAACAGCCAAACCGUCAGUCGACGCAUCCUGAAGAACCCCUCGAGACCAUCGACUUUGCCUCGCGUGGCCGUUGCGAACUAAUAGAUCUGCAGCAGGACCGUAGAUCUUGCAUAUAUGUCAGGUCUUGAUCUUGAGCAGGACCAAGGUGCGUGAUUUAUAACUUUUCGCCGCCACUGAAAGGAAAGCGAUUGGCGGCGCCUGAACGACCCACGGGAGGCUCGACCACCGAUUUCCCCUUCUUCGUAAACAGUCGCUGUACGACACGCACCCCGAGCUGAGACGACGAGAUUGUCGACAGCAAGAACUGUAAGCGGGAGAAGCGUACUCAUUCGUCGACGCGCGCGGAUGGAUACCGGAGGGGAUCUUCGUGUUGGGGUCGGUUGCAUCGGCAUCGUACAUUAGCGUAUCGCUGAUCUUGAUCAAAUUCUGAUAGAAUGGGUGGACAUACUGUUCGAAGAAAAGUCGGUCGUCGUUUAUAACAACGCUGAGUUUGCUCUUGUAUUCUGAAGCAUCGACGAAUUCAUUUCUCAUCGACUCGAAGCUGUCUGAUCGUCGUGCCUAGCUGUUCAGGGUGAUCAAGUUACUUGGUUGAAAGAUGCACGCCGAAAGCAGCACGAGGAUACCCUGUGCGCAUGGUUGAGUCUCGAUGAAGUGGCGAGUUAUGAGGAGGAUGCGCGCUUAAAGACCGAGGAGCCGGAAGAGGAGGACGAGAAGGAGCGCGAGGAACUUUCAGGAAUGUCUUCGGCAUUAGUCAACAAGUUGCAGCUUCUGUGGGACCAUUUCAUCCAUGCUGAACCCCAGAGUUACGAGAAGUCGUCCUGGCUUGAUAUAUUUCUGGCGGAGUUGCUCGCGCAAAUCAAAGAAGACAGGGACGUGAAGGAUGUACUGUCAUUCUGCUCGGUCGGCGGUGGCGGCGUGUCCACUCUGGUGGCUUGCGAAUUGCUGUCGGACGUGCAUGAGCUGUGUGCGAGAAGGGACGACUAUGGUGAGCUCAUCGGCCUGCGAAAGUACCUGGUCCAGGACCGCGGUUGGCGUUGCUUGGCGGUGCUGCAUUUGCUUGGCGUGCGCGGCCUGUCCUGCGGUCGCGAGCUGGUCGCGCUGUUGGUCGCGCUCUAUCCGGUCGCGUUGCAAGACGGCUCCGAUGGCGAGCCGACGCAGGAAAUCGGUUCGUCUGCACGCAAUCAGUACGUGAGAUUUCAUUGCAACGACGAUACGGUCGAUACGGUGAACAUCGUGCCGCAUGUGGCGAAGCGCAAGAGCGUCAAGCCCAGUUUUAGAAGUGGAUUGCCUUAUGAGGGUAAUACGUCUACAACGCGUAGGCGAUCGGCUCGCAAGCACGUCGUCGGCGCGAAGCCGCCGGUUCAUCAUCACAAGCAGCCGAAAUCGCUAGUUCUGGAGACGCGACGCGACACGCCGGACGCGACUAGCAGCGAGUCCGACCCUGUGACGGACGGUAUCGAUCAGGCUCGCUCUCUCACCCUGAAGAUUCGCUUGAAUCCCAUGGACUUCGAGUACUUCACGUCGGUCGUCAGAAGCGGUGAUGAGGAACAACGGUGGCAGGCCGAGCUCUACGAGUUACCGCCGCGUCCCGUGAGAAAAACGCCACGCGAUUACAUAGACGAGAGGAUCAGGGACGUGUUGGACGCACGGAUCAGCAACUUCGAGAUCAGCCUGUUGAUUAUACAGCUCCUGCAAGGCUUGCGCGACUACGACACACCUGCCGAACAAACGCCCGCCGUGCAAGUGCUUAAGUUCGCCUUAGACACGCUGUGGUCGCUGCAAUUCGGUAUAGACGGCAACAACCUGAGCGGUACAGAAUGCGCUACCUUGAAAGCUGCCGCCGCGAGACUCAUGUUGACGGCCUUGGAGCGCGCCCUGAGGGCCGACGAGCCUACCACGGCCGUCAUUCACAACGGUUUACUACCGAUGACUCUGAGACUGCUAGAGGACGCCUGCAGCAAGCCGGUGAACGUGCUGGAGCCGGAAGAAGGUUCGCUUCUGCAGGAAUUCAUCUUUGGUACCAUCUAUGGGAUCGUCACGUUCCUCUAUUGCUUGUUACAUCAGCGCAGCAGCAAUGUCGACAAGCUGUCGGACUUUCUUGAGCUGUUUCAGUUGUUCGUCGAGAGUCAAGAAGGUAAGCUCGUCGAGAGAACGGUGUUCAAGAUUGUCGACUUGCCGAGCGUCGAUCCAGCCAAGUCCAUAGUGCGCGCGAGAAAGAUAAUCGACAUGAUCGGUGCGCUGACCAGUGCUCUGAAGCGCAUUCGUCGUGAUCUCUCGCACGCCACGCAGUGUCACAGGACGAAGCACAAGUCCUGCAUCGAUAACAUCCAAAGUCACCAUCAUUCGGACGUGCUUGGCACGCCGUAUCUUCAACCGAUCGUCGGCGCCGUCAACAAACAGGUGUGCUGCAUCUCCUCGUUAUUCGCGACGCUCAUGAGCUUGCUGAAACAGUCCCACUUGUUCGUGAGCGAACUGCAAGUGAGGCUAAUUAAAGUCAUCACCGCCGCGGGCACAUGCUGUUGCUUCCCGCCGAAGAUACUCGUCUCCAGCAUCGUGGCCUUCCUCAAAAAACGCGACACCUCGACCUACGCGCCAGCUGUAGCGUUCCUAGAACGUACUCUGUUCAAAGAACUAGGUGCUUAUCCGGUGACGGAUGUUUGCGUCACCUGCGACAGAUCGACGGAUUACUCUUGGGACUUCCUUGAAAUGUACGUGAAUUUGCUGAGUUCGAAUGAUCCGAAGCUCUGCUACGUCGUGAUGGCGCAUUUGCUCAAGGUUACACCCAGCUCCAGAUACCACGUAAGGGAGCAGCUGCUCCUCAAGGUCUUCUACUCGACUUUCCUGCACGCCAAAGCAUGCUAUAUAACCGACAGCAGCAACUCGACGGCGAAGUUCCUCCUGCAGUCCUGCAUAUCCAUCAUGUCGUGCUUGAUCGUAAACGCGCAGAUGUGCGAGAAAUUCAUGGAGCUGGGCGGGCUGAGCGAGGUCUUGGUCCUGAUGCCAGACAUGGCGUUUACGAGAAGUGUUUACGCUCUCUUGGAAGUCACCGUGACCAUCGAGAUCUGGAGAAGCCACUGCGAAGAAGUCAGUUAUUCGGAAAGCGCCGAAAUGCCGGCGACGAGAUCUUUAUUCGAAGCUCUCGAUAGAGAAACCAGCGAAUUACUGAAGAGCUUAGAGCACAUCAAGCAAGAAGAACUGGACGAGAAAACUGACCAGCUAGGCGAGAAGGACACAUUCGACGUACACUCGGACAAUCAGGAGAUCAAGCCGUUUCUCGUUCAAGAUUUACACACGGCGACCAACGAGAUCAUGGUUGAAAACGUCGAUAAUACAGUAACAAGUACACCGGAGUUACCUGAAACUGAACUGACUCGUCCGGAACAGUUCGAUAACAAGACUGAUACGAUAGGUACUGUAGUAGCGUCGAACUCGUCCGAGACUCUUCGCGCUUUCGCCAAGGAGGACGUCAAAGCGAACGGUGUCGACGAUGCUGAUAUGAUCGAGAAAUGCAGCCUGUAUCAGGCUAGCGCGGCGUGGAGGGCUGCCGCGGGCGUAGCACUGUGCAGCCCGAAAUUCCGCGUUGAAUUAUCCGCGCAUUCGGUUUCGACAAGACUGUUGGAUUUGUUCAAGUUGUUAGCUGUAGGCAUCGUCACGGGUAAUGUUGAAGAUACCACUAAAUCGGCGAAUAAGCUCUUCGAGGCCCUGAUUACGUGUUGUCUGACAUCUCCGUUGUAUGAUCGUGACUUGGUCAUGGAGUUGGGGAAGGCGUUGAUGAACACCGGAAUAAUACUCGGUCGUGGAAUAGCUGUGAUAGUGGACGCGUUGUUGAAGGUCUCCAUGUUAAAGCCAGCUCAAGAGAAUACUAUACCGCAACAACCGCGUCCCAGACUACCGGUUAUGUCGCUGGAGAAUCUGCCAGACUACGGCGCAGAAGAUAGCAGUACCGGCGAGUACAUUACUGCUGACGAUGGAUAUGAAGCAGAUAUCGAAGUGCCUGGAAGAAGUCCGAACAGUAGCAUUUCCAAGAAGAGUAGUCCCCUCGGACCUGUAGUGGAACCAAGAGGCCACGCUAAUGCGCAUCCUGCUCUGUGCUCCUUGGCGAUCGAUCUUUUAAUCCACUUUAGCGAGCAAGGCUUAGAUUUGGAGAGAGCAUUAGUAGUGACUAGUGGAUUGCGCCGGGUCGCUGUUACCUGUCGGGAAAGUGCUUCGAGUUGCGCUACUCUUGCUGGUUCCGGCACUAUUACAAAGAUAUUGAAUGGCUUCAGAAAUAUAUUCACAAACAACGAUCCGCGUUUUCGAGAUCUGCAACACGCGGCAUUGGAAGUGUUCACUUUAUUAGCGACGCAAUCAAUCUCAUCGGCGGAAUUGGUCGCGUAUCUGUCUUUUUUCAAAGUGGAGAGACCACCGCUCUUACCGUUGCUGGAGCCGUUGUAUCACUUGGUACUGGCAGCGCGACCUCAGCCGAAUUUCAUUCUGUCGUUCCCCGUGCAAUGCAACACGAAGACGUCGCCGAAGAUCCAAACAGAAGAGCACAAGAAUCUGGAGAAGGCGGAGAAUCUCGUGAACAAUUUCAAGAAGAAACAUCUCGCUUCGGGUAUUUGCAGUCCCUGGUCUGUGCACGCUACAUGCUUGCCCGUCGGCCCGGAACUGGCUUGGCCAGUGUGGCUGCAUGGUUGCUCCGCUUCAAUGUGGCUAAGGGUGGAGAGAGGCUUGUCGAUUGGCAGUAGAGCAGCUGCUUACAGCACCUCGCCGUUGUUGGACUCGGACAGCGACAGUCUGUCCGAUUGGGGUGUUCUUUCGGACAAUUGGAAUCGAGAAGUCGUAGCUGGUUCUGUGUCACCACCGAUGCCGACGUCGAUAAUACACUUGAUGUCCAUCGGCUUCGAAUCGUUGGUUCUGGAAACGUGGCUCGAUCUCAAAUCAGAUAAAUUAAUUUUACGUCUCACUCGACCGGACGACAAGAUGAAUCGAACAAUAUCUGAAACUUCGAUAAACGGCAUGCUCCCUUCGGGACGUUGGCAUCAUUUGACUCUAAAUUUCAAAGACACCGUGUUGAAUAAGCGCAGUGCUGUGGUCGAAGUCACGCUUUGGGUGGACGGUUGGAGAGAGAUCAAUGCUCAAUUACCGUUUGACGGUUUACUGGUGAGAAAACCUGGUACUACGUGUAUUUUGUUAGGUCAGAUUGGAUCGAGCAGUAUUGGCGCAUGGUACCUCGGGAAUUUAAUGGUUUUUAGGUGUCCGGUAUUCACGAAAGAACGUGCAUUGUACCUGACAAGUCUCGGGCCGAAUUACACCAAUUUGGCCGAUUGCAUUUUGAAUACGGUGAAACCUGAUUUUGCUCUACUUAUCGCGUCCGGCGCGCUAAAUGGCGUUCGCGAGGUGAAAUUUGAAGGAGGUAAGUUCGAUUCGACCCGGCGAAAGUCUUACGGCGGCACUUACUUGAGAUAUGCCGUUGAGACAAUGGUGUCAGAGUCGAACAUCGAUUGGGACGCUGUCAUGGACGCAACAAACUCACAUCUGGGCGAGUUACAAGAUAAUUUGCUUCUCAGUUACGAAGCUCAGAAUCCCAACGUCGUUCACUUGUAUCCUCUAGCGGUCGCCGCUGUUGUGAGAAAUAUAUUCCCAACAACGAGCCAACCGGGUUUCCGAAUUGUCUCAGCUUCGGAACACAGGGUAUCGCAGCAGCCACCUUUAUCGAUAUCCCCGAUUAUAUCUAUUUGUUUGGAAAGCCAACAGUACCGGGGACUCGUACCCGCUGCGAUUUUAGUAGGCGGUGUACCGGUCUUCUUGUAUCUUUUCGCAAGAGUGGUCGAAUUAAACUCUACCGAGGAGGAACAGGCUCUGGCUCUUUCCAUCAUCCUGCAUCUUGUGCGCAGCGAUUCGGAGCUCUUGAAUCAAUAUCGCUCGGAAAACGGUACGUCGUUAUUACUGCGAGUACUGGAGUCCUCGAGGUGUCACGCCGGUAGACAUAUUUUAAAAGCGAUCCUAGACGCAGCAUGUGACAGCUCAAUUAUCAUCAAAGACGUCGGCAGCGGCAAUCAUACGAUCUCGCAAAACUGCGAAGCUGUUAUCACUGAUCCAGAGUUGAUUAAGGGUGCGCUCACAGCAUGGAGAACAUGGGCCAAAUACGACACGUUGAACUUACUAUUGCAAGCAUUACUGUUAUUGCUGCGUGAUCAACAUUCCCAGCGUGAGUUCAAUGCGUCUCAACUGAACAGAGUCGGUAUCGUGGAUACGGUCCUGACAUUGUGUAAGGAGCACGUGUACGAAGAUCUGGGCGCUAUAUUGGAUCCGUCUACCGGCACUGCUGUUGUGGAAUUGGUACGUGCCUUGAUGGGCGCGCCCCCGGAGUUUGCUCACUUGGUUGCCAUUACCGAUUACCUCGUGGUCGUUCACCAAGCCUCGGAGACAUACGUCACUCAUUCGCGACACAACAUCUACUUCAUGUUGCCGCAACUCGGCGAGAAGAAAACAAAUCAGAAGACGAGCGACAACGCUAGCGUCGUUUCCUCCGACGAUUCCAUAAACAUCGUGGAAAACAGCAAACUGAAUAAAGCAUUGACGAACGUGCAGAUUCAGAAAAAUCGUACUCCCAAGAGGAAGGAACGUAGAAACGCUUUAUCGAAGGACAUCAGUGCCGGGGAAGAUUCUGGAAUCGCUGCCAGUGACGGAUCGAAUCCUCAUAGCAAUGAAAAGCAAUCGGCCUGGACGGAUGAACAAAGAGCCUGUCAAGGCUUAGUCUGCGAAGGUCUGUUGCUGUUAUUGAGAGACGCUGUAAGAGUAUUACCCGACAGUCAAGUUGGAUCAGUGUUGAAGCAUGUCUUGAGAGCUGAGUUGCUAUUGGUUUUAGCUAAUAAUCCCGACGCCGGAAUACGUACGGCGUUGAUCAAGGUGGUGCAAACUUAUCUGCAACGAACUAGCGACGAGGAAGUUAACAAAUUCAUAAAGCAUAAGUAUUUCAUGCACCUGGGAAAUCAGAUAGCUCUGUACCCCGGAAGCGAACCGCUGGUUGUCGCUCUAGAGAACCUGGCUCUACGGGGCCCGACCCUGGCGGCGAUGCCACCGUUGAUGGCAAUGGUCGCAAAGGCGGCAGUUUUUGAACCGAACGUAGUCAGGCCGAUAAUAUCAUUCAUUACUGAAGUGAUAACGAAGAAUCUGAGCGCACUGAAGGUGCUCUUGGAGCAGGGCUUGGUAGAGUCGUUGGCCCAAGCUUUAAUCACGACCGCUCGCAGGAGCAGCUCGACGUCGCUUCAUCGAGAUAUCCAUGUGUUGCUCGUGACGAUCGCGACGAAAUUGUUGGAAUUACCAGGCAGUCAUCAGAUGCAGACGAUAUUGGAUCUGCAUGUGAUACUUGAUUACGUGGAACUGAUGGAGAAGCUGCAGUGUCGUACGAGUUUGGCCUGUACGGCCGUAAGAGAUGCGCAAGUUGCGCUAUUCGACGGAGAGCUGGACACGCUUACGACGAAGAUGUCGAGUCACUCGGGAUUUCGUCUACGCAGCACUGCUUCUUACCUGGCUUCGACGUCAUACGAAUCAUACCUGACUUCAGUUCUUACGACAUCUAGCGAUCAGAGCGACCAUGGAUCUCGCUCGUCUAGCUACACGAGCCUCUACACGAGCUCGCCCGUCCCAACGCGGGAACCCGGUAAAGGGGAAUUGAACGAUCGCUUCCGCAUUAUUGUCACACGCGCGGUCGAGUUCAUCACGGCAGCCGACGUGUCGCCGUCCAUCAACGAAUUGCAGUUAACGAGAAGGUUGUUCUCCAUUCUCCUGCACGGCUUGUGCAGCCCGUUGGAAAAGAAAAAUCAUUGGAGCAGCACGUGGUCUGUCAGACCGGCUUUGAGAAAGUACACCGCUAGAAUCAUGGUGUGGCUGCUGGAGCCUCAUCAGAGCAUCAAUACCAGAGUGUACGCUGUUCGAUCCCUAAUGGAGGAGCCGAGAGCUCGAGAAAUCCUGUCGUGCAUCUUAGAGGUUCAUCCACAGACGGAGCAAAAAUUCACCGUAUUCUUCUGGGACCUGCUGCAAAAACGAGACGAGAUGCCUAGCGCUGAUGCAAGAGUGUGUGCCGAAUUAAGAGAAGCCCUACGAGUGUGGGGCCUUGCAAAGGGAAUAGAGCAGGCUAGUCCCGAAGCAUGGAAUGACGAAUUGGCUGUGUUGCGUCGAGACAUGCUUCUGGACCGAGACAUCUGUAUCGACAAUUACCCUGCAAUUUUAAGGAUUGGUAAGAAAUUCGACGCGUUGGCCAAACAGUUAACCGAAAGUGCUAUGACAAUAACACGGGCGGUUGUGGAGGAACAAAAUCGCGAACGGAAGGUGCUGAUGGAGCAAUUGAAACACACCCGGGCACUAGAGGCUCAAGCUGUAGCCAGAUGGAGAGACUUGGCCAAGCGGUUGACCCACGAACGAGCGCCCUGGCACUUCCCCGAGAAUUAUCCGCACAGCUGGGAAUUAGAUCCGACCGAAGGCCCUGCCAGAGUCAGAAUAAGACUUCAGAGAUGUCACCUAAACAUCGAAAAGAGAUUUUUAUUGCCUGAAUACCAAGAAAAAUUAGAUUCUUCCACUACGGAUUCACCGUUGUCAUACUUAUUCACAAGUAAUCGUCAGGAUAUCAAUGCUUCGGCAUUGAUCGAACGGCUGCAUACAAGCGAGAGAAUACGCAAGAUGUCUCAAGUCAAAGUCGUCACUCCUAGAACCGAACUAGCUGGCGAGGUUCUUAUCGGUGAAACAUGUGUGUACUUUGUUCCUGAAAAUCCCGAUGUUCCCUUACACGCAGAUGUGGCACUGGGUGAUCUGGAUUUGGCCAUGGCCGGCGGUACCGCUUGGCGUUUGGAAGACAUUCGCGAACUACACAGAAGAAGAUAUCAAUUGCAAGAGACCGCUAUUGAGAUUUUUCUCAUCACCGGCAGAACGUAUUUGUUAGCGUUCAAUUCGGCCAAGGAAAGGGACGAAUUCGCGACUGAAUUAUCUGCUUGCAACUUACCCAGACGAGUCCCCGGUGAUGACUUGGGAGAAGCUCUAGCCUUAUGGAGAAGCGGUGCAAUCACUAAUUGGGAAUACAUAACUUGUUUGAACAAGUUAGCGGGCCGUUCGUACAACGACUUGAUGCAGUAUCCUGUAUUCCCAUUUGUUUUGGCGGAUUACGUCAGCGAGACAAUCGACUUGAACAAUCCAAAGAUUUAUCGAAACUUCAAACGACCGAUGGCUGUGCAAGAUAAGAAGAACGAGCAACAUUAUAUUGACAAUUACAAUUACUUGAAGCAAGCUUUAACGGAAGGAUUAAAUCUAAUUGUCUUGAAUCAGGAACCUUACCAUUAUGGUUCUCAUUAUAGUAAUUCGGGAACCGUGUUACAUUUCUUGGUACGACUUCCACCGUUCACCAGCAUGUUUUUAUGUUAUCAAGACAAUAAUUUUGAUAUACCCGAUCGUACAUUCCAUGCAUUAGCUACCACGUGGAGAUUAACUAGUUGCGACUCGACGACAGAUGUGAAGGAAUUGAUACCGGAAUUCUUUUAUCUGCCCGAAUUUUUACUGAAUUCCGAGGGAUUCAAUUUUGGUGUUCGACAGAACGGUAACAAAGUCGGGGACGUUGAAUUGCCGAAAUGGUGCGGCGGUGACCCGCGUCUGUUCAUAUUGGGACACAGAGCUGCACUGGAAUCGGAUAUUGUAAGGGAAGUUCUGCCAUAUUGGAUUGACCUCGUGUUCGGGUUCAAACAGACGGGAAGACCAGCGGUAGAGGCUAUAAAUGUUUUUCACCCUGCGACAUAUUACGGCUUCAACGUGGAGCAAAUAGUCGAUCCUGUAGCACGACAGGCCUGGGAGACCAUGGUACGAACUUAUGGUCAAACACCCGCGCAGCUGUUCAGAGCUGCUCAUCCAUUGUCGAUGCAAAAUCUCAAUAAUGUAGCGCAUUCUAGUCAGACGCCACAGGUUAUCGAGGGGAUUAGUGGUAUAAAAUGGGGAAAUUACGUGGGCGCACCUGGCAAUGAGCCUGUAUUAUGUUGGAAGCAUAAACACAGGUUUCCGUUGGCUUCUCUGGUGCUUCUGACAACCGGUGACGUUUUCGGUUUGCCUAGCUACACCACCCUUCUCCUUGGCUACACCAAGGAAAAAGGUGGUAGUAUGCUAAGCUGUACGUCCGUGUUGGGCGCUGCGUUAGCGUCAUGGAACGGGACAGAUGGAAUUGCCAGAUUAAAGUAUAAGAAAGAACAACCGCCGAGGCCUUUAAUUAAAUCUUCAGGCCUCGAUCCAAUUACGACAUUGAGCUCAGCUCCUGAUUGCGGACAGCUGUGGGCCGGUCACUUGUCGGGCAGGAUCACAGUGCACACGUACACCAUUGGAACUACGGGCAAAAUUGAAUUCAGUUCAGCGGCUGCGUCGGUGUUGCUGGCUCACAGAAGUCGUGUAAUGGUAAUUUCCCUGUCGCGUGCAUUCAGCAUCGCCUGUUCCGGCGACAGCAGUGGCGUUAUGAUUAUUUGGGAUUUAAAUAGCUUGACGUAUGUAAGAUCAAUAGUCUACGAUCAAGGCUAUGCUAUUCAUCUCUUGUGUGUCAGCGAAACACUUGGGGACAUAGCAGUUGUUUAUCAGAUUCCUGAAGCAGAGGAGAAUGGCGUGGUUUCCAAUCAAUCUGAGUUGAGAGUAUACACUGUGAAUGCGAGAGCCGUGGGUUCCGUUCUGUCUAGAAGACGCAUCACUGCUAUUUGCUACAGCAACGCUCCGGAAGGUGUUUCUGUCAAUGUUAUCGCAACUGGUUUGGACAAUGGAAUAAUUAGAUUGUGGAGUAGCUGGGAUCUACAAUUAGUCAGAGAAAUUACACACAACGUGAAAGGAUGUGGUGCAAUAAUUGCCGUAGCAUGGGCUUUGGAUCAGCAUCAUUUAUAUGCGGCCACGGAAGAUUCCACCAUCCUCAUAUGGGAGGGAUCUAAGCGUCUGAGUUCUGGCACUCCGAAAUUUGUCAACUUGACAUCACUGUGAUCUGCAUCACUGUUAUUUGAACCUCUCAAAGUGAUACAAACUUUUAAUGACGUCACAAAAAAGAAACAGAAAAGAAUUUAUAUGUCAAAAGAAGAUUCACCCGAAAUCAGAUGUGUAUAUAUAUAUAUGUAUAUUCGAUGUUAUUUUGUUUGUAAUUACCGUAACGUUAAAGACCCUUUUUACAGUUUACCGGCGGCUGAUUCGUUACAUAAUUAAUAUAUCUCAUGCAAUAUGUUAUUAUUAUUUAUACAUUAACACCUUAAUUUAGAAUUAUGCUCGAAUCUGUCUUAAUUUCAGUCAUAGAAUCAUGACAGGUGUUGAAAGAAAAUGAACAAUAUACCGAAGUAUUAUUUUACUGACACUUCCGAUAUAAUAAUUAUACUAGUGAUGAUCAUAUAUAAGUUGUUAUAUUUUUAUAUACUUUUAUAUCGGACUGCAUUGUAUCCGUAUUAACU